AGAGUCACAUGCUCCAAGCUGGAAUGGGAGGUGGAUUUCAACGCUGAUGCAAUUCCCUCUUUGUUUGUUGAGCUCACACUCCGCGAUUCUCCACUUCAGAACAGCAGUCCGUUAGUUGAUGAUCGUUGCAUCCAGCUUCUGAAGGUCUAACUAUCAGCAAGGGAAUUUAACCUCAGAGAAGUUCUUCUGCCUUCAUUUGUCUCACAAAAUGAAUAACAAUAGCAAACUUGAAACUGAAGAACUGUGUACCUGUCUUCAUAUACAUCUCUACCACCCUGAUCAAGCCAGUUGCCCCCUGUUCCGUAACCUGCCCCUAAAUCAACCAUACAAAAUGGACGCUGAAGAUCCACUAAGGCUUGGCCGUGAUGGACAGACCUGCAUCUUUGUCCUGAAUGACACCUCUGUCUCCAGAAAACAGCUCUCCAUACAGGCGUACAGGAAAGCUGGCAGCACUUUCUUGAGCUUUAUGAUCCAAAACAUGAGCCAGAAGGUCAAACUCAUGGUCGGUGGGUUUGAACUGAGAUACCUCGAAAGAGCUGAGCUUGACGAUAAGGCGUUCCUCCGCUUUGGAAGAUACGAACUGCUGAUUUGGCAGGAGCCAGGAGAUUCAGCGAAUACAUUUGAAGUCCUGUUUGAAACAUGCAAUACACCCCCUUCACAGGAACUGGGAAUAGAUGUGCCGUGCAAUCUUCCUGUUAUGGACACUGGUGUGCCAUGGAGAAACCUUGAGAAUGAAGCACCUGCAAGCCAAGAACCGCUGGAGUCAGAUGAGACAGUUGUUUUAGUAUAGACUUUUUUUUUUGCAUAUUAUUAUUAGUGUUAUUAAAAUGCAUCUCAAAUGUAACCGACUGAGAUCUGCAACUGUAGCUUAUGAUGCAAGUGACAUUACAAACAUUAUUAUGAUUUUCGUCCUCCACUGAACCAGUUUUGUUGCUAAAUUUGACUGAAUUUUAUUGGAUAUCUGUUACUCACAUGUUUGCUCAAGGCACGUGUGUUUUCUCUCCAUUACUGUGAAGUGUUCAUCAGUGUGUUUAUCUUUAUAUUAUAUAAUAUUUUAUAUAUUGUAUUGACUUUUACUUGAUAAAAUGUGAAUUACAAACUUUUGAAAAAUGUGAAAGUACAAUGAUUGAAGAGUUAUUCAUACACUACUUACAACAUUGUUACAUAUUAUAUAAUGGAAUAAACUGUUUUACAAAUCA